ACCUCCCCCGCCUACCUAAAAGGCAAGCCACAGCGAGAAUUUUUACACACACAAGAGUAGAGAGAGAGAUGGGUGAUUCUGACGUCGGUGAUCGUCUUCCUCCUCCUUCUUCUUCCGACGAACUCUCGAGCUUUCUCCGGCAAAUUCUUUCUCGUACUCCGACAGCUCAACCUUCGUCACCACCGAAGAGAAAUGUUUCCUCCGCUGAGACCUUCUUCCCUUCCGUUUCCGGUGGAGCGGUUUCUAUCGCCGGUUAUGGAGUCGCCCAAGAAAAAUAUGCUUUCGAAAAUAAGAGAAAUGGAGCUAAACAGAGGAAUUCGUUGAAGAGAACCAUUGAUGCACAAUUCCACAAUUUGUCUGAAAAGAGGAGGAGGAGCAAGAUUAACGAGAAAAUGAAAGCUUUGCAGAAACUCAUACCCAAUUCCAACAAGACUGAUAAAGCUUCAAUGCUUGAUGAGGCUAUUGAAUAUCUGAAGCAGCUUCAACUUCAAGUGCAGACUUUAGCCGUUAUGAAUGGUUUAGGCCUAAACCCUAUGCGAUUACCACCGGUUCUACCUCCAACUCAUACAAGGAUCAAUGAGACCUUAGAGCAAGACCUGAACCUAGAGACUCUUCUUGCUGCUCCUCGCUCACUGGAACCACCUCAAGCAACUCAAGAAAUGUGCUUUUCCACAGCCACUCUGCUUUGAAGAUAACAUUCAGACAAUGAUGAUGAUCCAGCGUCAAACUGGUCAGAAUUCCUCCAGUACCUGCCAAACACAGGAGUCAAAAAAUGUUUUUGAGUUCUAGUAUUGGCCAGAUUUUAAUGUUCAGUUAUAGUUAUGCUAAUAAGCUUUAGGAGUGAACAAAACUUAGUAGUUUGAUUAAAAUGAUGUCUGAAGA